GACGAAAUCGCACGGGUGCGUCGAGCAGGCCACGUCGAGCCGCCGCGCCCCGAUUGCAUCUAUAUUUUUCCAUUCGUAAGUUCACCCCGCAUAUACGCGACGGUAGCUUGGGAGAGAAAGAGGGAGAGACAGCACUUUCGUUCGUACGAAACGGAAAUUCGUGCAUGUGACUCGGCGCCGAGACGAACGCCACAGAGACCUCCACGAGACUUUGAUCGCCGGGGACCAUGAGGCCCGCGAGAAGCUGGGCCCCGUUGGCAGUGACCGCGCUGGUCGCGACGGCUCUACUGCUGAGGCCCAUCCACGCCGAUGCGCCUAUCUCGGGCAACUAUCUACCACCGUCAACCAGUUACGGCACACCUAAUCUAGGAGGUGGCGGCGGUGGCGGUUAUUCCGGCGGUGGUGGUGGCGGUUACUCCGGUGGUGGCGGUGGCGGCGGCAGACCGUCGUCGUCUUAUGGUGCUCCAAGUGGAGGUGGCGGACAGAGCUACGCCAGCAAUGGAGGAUACCAAUACUAAUCCAGAUAUGUGUUCACCCGGCGAGACGAUCUCCGUGCUCAAUCGCGUCGGCUUCCACCAGGUUUUCCGCGUUGAACAACGCAAACCGAAACUAUCGCAACCACAAGACUCGUCAGUUCGAUCGAUCAACUUGAUCGACUACGUGUUAUCAGAAAAGAGACGUGUCGAUCCAAGAGGCUAGUUUUAAUCGAAAGAUGAUGGCCUUGGUGUCCGCAGUUACGAAGAGAUAAUCUCGGACAUGAUAACAUUGUGAAUAAAGAUCAGAGAAGAUCAACGCUGAAGGCAUCCCGUUGUUAUAUCAUCGAAUGUGUCCUCCAACAAUCACAUAGAUAUAUUUGAGUUUUUCCACGGGAACAUCUGUAUGACAACAGCUGACGGGAGAAACGUGCGAGGAUCGUUCGCCGCAUCGUGAAAUUCGUGCUAAAGAUUUAACAGCGAUGAGUUCUCAGUCGGGAAAGUUGUGAGCGAAGGAAUACUCGUCCCGAUGGCAGGCGCGUUCCCGCGAACGGCCGAAAGAAUAAGAUAGUUAUUUUUUUUCCCUUUCUUUAAUGUUAUUACCACUUUCAUGUACCGGCUUCCAGGAAAGCGUCUGCUUAUGGAACGUUACUUCCGUCGACGUCGAAGAAAAGCGAGGAAAAGAAAGAAGAAGAAGAAAACGAAGAAAGGAAAACAAACGAGAAAACUCGAUUUUCCACAUUCGGAGCCUGUAACUUAUUUAUUUUGUAAAGACGCUUUUUUGUACUAAUAAUAAAGCCGCUAUGCUGAUAAGGAA